GGUCAUAAUUACAAAAUGUCUUUUACGAAUUCCUAGUGAUGGUGGCUGGCUUCCUUGCGGACAUAGCUUCAUAAAUUACGAUUUUAUUGUAAAGUUUAAACUGUUCUCAUUCAAGAAAACAAUAGUUUUAUAGUGUAUUAAGUGCCCGAUAAUAAUUACUUCACAAUCGAAAUGAGUUCAAGCGUAUGUUAUAAGUGCAACCGUACCGGGCACUUCGCCCGGGAGUGCACACAGGGCGGUGUCGCUUCGCGGAACCCUGAGUUCAACCGGCAGCGCGAGAAGUGCUUCAAGUGCAACCGCACGGGGCACUUCGCGCGCGACUGCAAGGAGGAGGCUGACCGUUGCUACAGAUGUAACGGCACGGGGCACAUAGCGCGUGAAUGCGCGCAGAGCCCCGACGAGCCGUCGUGCUAUAACUGCAACAAAACAGGGCAUAUCGCGCGAAAUUGCCCCGAAGGCGGUCGGGAGAGCUCCAACCAGACCUGUUACAACUGUAACAAGUCGGGCCACAUAUCACGCAACUGCCCCGACGGCACCAAGACCUGCUACGUGUGCGGCAAGCCGGGUCACAUCUCGCGCGACUGCGAGGAAGCCGAGCGGAACUAACCGCGCGGCCCGCUAGCUAUAUCAAACUCAACUAUGUAUAUUAUGAUGCCACGCACGGACUGUAAGCAAAGGAGGCGUCUCGACGCGACAUUAGUUUGUAAAGCCUGACGAUACACGGAAUAAGCAGCGACGGUGGAAUGUGACGGAGAGACUGAGGAUAUGAUGUUUGUAUGUUGACUUGUUUGUAUAUAAGUCUCGAGCCCGGGCGCCCGCCCAACGUUAAUGUUUGUUCGCGAUCGUGAAGAAGUUGUGUUAUUAAAUCAUUUAAAUAAUCGUGAUUGAACUAUUGAUGAGGUAGCGUUACAGUUUUUAGCAUUACAGAGUAUAUAUUUAAUAUAUUUUGUACAGAUUUAUUUGUCAAAAGAUAAAUUGGUUGCUGGCGUAUGAUGAGUUUUCAAUGUUGUGAGAAGGUGGAGGACCCUAGAACCCUAGCGGAGUAUAAGUGUGGUUGUCGAGAAGUGAUCCCCUACCCCUGUGUCGAUCAUGUAUAAUAAUCUCCAACGAAGCUGACUUAAUCGUAUCACUUGUCAUUGAUUCAACUAUUUUUAUUAUAAUUCCUUUGUUUAUGAGGUCCUGCUGACUUGUGCACAUUUCAGUGGUUAAUUAGAAUUUCAAUAAUCAGAA